AUGCGGUUGCCCCUCAUCCUGGCGGUGGUGCUAUGCACGGCGUUAGCCGCAUUACAAACAAAAAUGAUUUAUAAGGAGUCGACGAUGAAAAGAAUGAUUCGAGAGGAUCGCUGGGACGAAUAUAAGGCCGUAAAAGCGGAAAGAAGGGCCAAAUUGUUAAAGCGGAGGCCAGAGCUAGCCUCGUACCCCCAGAAUGUAUUGGAUUAUGAUGAUGCCGAGUACAUUGGUCAUAUUACGAUCGGCACCCCUGAUCAAGAUUUUUUGGUUAUUCUCGAUACCGCAUCGGCAACGCUAUGGGUCCCUGAUCGGGAAUGCGGACAGGAAAUGGAUGAUUGCGAGGAGUGUCUAAAGUAUGGCGAGGAUGAGUGCAACUUCAAGUGUGAUGACCCUUUCUGCUGCGACACGAUCCAUCGUGGCUCCCUCUACCGAGAGCCGAAGAAACGCUUCGGUGCCUGCCUACACAAGCACAAAUUUGACCCCACCAAAUCCACAACUUUUGCGCCAUUCCCGGGUGAUGGAUGGGAGACCGGGGCGGCUUAUGGGUGGUUGGGAAUGGACACGGUCAGGUUCGGCUCGGUUAACGAGACCCAAUUGGUCAUCCCGAAGAUCAAUUUUGGUCAAGCGCUUGAUAUUGAUGAUGGUUUCUACGGUGAUCCAAGCGACGGUAUCUUAGGACUUGGCUUCACCUCACUGGCUGUCGAUCACAUAAUACCUCCAUUUAUCAGCGCCGUUAACCAAAAGCUGGUCGAUCAGCCAAUCUUCUCUGUAUUCUUGAAAACUGAUGGUCAAGUGGAGGGUCAGCCGGGUGGUGUUUUCACGUGGGGCGGAAUUGACACGGAUAAUUGCGCACCGGUGCAGGCAUGGAUGCCGCUUCAGGCUGCUGACUAUUGGGUCUUCAAGCUAAAAGGAGUAGCCGUCGGGAAUCUGUCAUCUGUACACGAGUGGAAUGCCAUCUCUGACACUUCAUCAGCCUUGAUCGGUGGCCCGGCGCUGGUGAUCGGCGCUAUCGCGAAACAAGUUGGGGCGCAGUACAAUCUAAAGUACGAUAUGUACAUCAUCUCUUGCAAUGCCACCAAUGGCCCUGAUAUCACAAUGGAGAUCGGUCAACACAACUACACCAUUCCGGCGACCAACUAUAUCAUCCCAUCUGGAAAAGCCAACCUAUGCUUCAUGAAUUUUGUGAAUUACAACGCGCAGGCUUUCAAACCCCAGUGGUACAUCGGAAACCCGCUGAUGCGGCAAUACUGCCAUUUCUACGAUGUCAGCAAACAGCGGCUUGGUUUUGCUCCACCUAAAACCUCCGCCCAAACCCAGACUGUA